AUGCUCGCAAUCCAACCUUCCAACCCCCAGAAAUGCACACCGCACCUCCUCCCCGCGCGCAUAAACCACAACGGCCCAAUCAACGAUACAAGCCGCUACUUCAAGCCCGAAACAGACGACAAAGGAACACAACACGUCCACUUCCGCGGCCGCCACCUGCACGGCACACCCAUCCCUCUCCCAGCCACACACACCGGCGCAAUCCUACAUGUCACGGAUAAGAUCCUGCCCACACAAUCCCACUCCAAUUCACAAGACGACGAGCAGGACGAAGACGAAGAAGAUGAGGUAAUCGAGGACGUCAAGAUCGCCGAGCAAAUAGGCUCGUUUGAUGAGAUUGUGGUCUGGGAACAUGGCGGCGCGGUGGAUGAGGAGAGGGAUGGGUUUGUUAGGGGGGUGAGGGAGUGGGUGGGGUGGGCGGGGAGUAUGCAUGUUGAUGACGAGGAGGAGGUAGAUGCGCAAAAAGCCUCGGAGGAGAAGAAGUGA